GACGGUUCUAAAGGACAGCGGGUUCUUCCGGUACCUCCACACGGCGGUCAUCGUUAGCGGAACCAUGCUGGUGUUUGGAGGGAACACGCACAACGACACGUCCAUGAGCCACGGAGCCAAGUGCUUCUCCUCGGACUUCAUGGCCUAUGACCUGGCAUGUGAUGAGUGGUCAGUGCUGUCCAGACCAGACCUCCACCAUGAUGUCAACCGGUUCGGACACACGGCCGUCUACAGUGACAGUGUGAUGUAUGUGUUUGGGGGGUUCAACAGUCUGUUGUUGAGUGAUGUCCUGAUCUACACGCCAGCCAGCUGCUCCAGCGCCCCCAGCGCUGCCGCCUGUAUAGCGGCCUGGCCGGGGGUUCACUGCGUUUGGAAUGCUAACCUGGGGUCCUGCCUGCCCUGGGACUCGAACCCUGGAUCCCUGGAGGAGCAGACCACCAUGGCCUCUUGUGGAACCAGAACAUAUGUUGACAACGAUCGUUGUGACCAGUACACGGACUGCUACAGCUGUACAUCCAAUACUAACGGCUGCCAGUGGUGUGCUGUUCAGUGUGUCUCCGUGAGCUCCAACUGUACGGCCGGGGCCAUAGUGGAGUAUGGUGUCUGCCCCAAAGACAACCCAUCAUAUGUCUGCAACAAGAAGACCAGCUGUAAGAGCUGUGGGGUGGACCAGAACUGCCAGUGGGAACCUCGAAACCAGGAGUGUAUCGCUCUACCAGAGAAUAUUUGUGGCGAGAGUUGGCACCUGGUGGGUAACUCGUGUCUGAAGUUCAUCACAGCAAAGGACUCGUACGACAACGCCAAGCUGACCUGUCGGGGUCACAGCGCCGUCCUGGCCUCGUUGACCAAUCAGAAGAAGGUGGACUUCGUCCUUAAAGAGCUGCAGAUCAUGAACGUUCUGGUGAGCAAGUACAAGGCCUUGGUGACACCGUGGGUGGGGCUGAGGAAGAUCAACGUCUCCUAUUGGUGCUGGGAAGACAUGUCACCCUUCACUAACACCUCCCUCCAGUGGUUGCCGGGGGAACCCAGCGACGCAGGUUUCUGUGGUUACCUAGCAGAACCGGCAUCCAGCGGCCUUAAGGCCCAGACCUGCAUCAACCCUGUUAACGGGAGUUUGUGUGAACGGGCAGCCAAUCACAGUGCCAAGCAGUGUCGGACGGCGUGCGCCAUGCGGGCUACGUGUGCUGAGUGUACCAGCAGCAGCUCUGAGUGUAUGUGGUGCAGCAACAUGAAGCAGUGUGUGGACUCUAAUGCUUACGUAGCCUCCUUCCCCUUCGGACAGUGUAUGGAGUGGUACACUAUGAACAGCUGUCCAC